UGAAAAAUGUUUUUUUCUUGCAAUCGAAGCCGUCUUUUUUCUUCAACUUCAAUAAAAACUCAUCUUUGAUUCUCCGUUUCAUUUCUUCAACUCAUCCGCCACCCAAGAAAAGACCCUGUUUUCCGUUUCCAAAAAAUAUCGCUAUGGGUAGUGAAAGUACUUUAGCUAUCGUUCCAGGAACAACUACGGCGGCGCCGGCGGUGAAGACUGGAGGUUCAGCGACGUCUUUAGCACCUGGAUUUCGAUUCCAUCCAACAGACGAAGAGUUGGUUAGCUAUUAUUUGAAAAGAAAGGUUUCCAACAAGCCUGUUAGGUUUAAUGCUAUUGCCGAAGUGGAUAUGUACAAGCAUGAACAAUGGGACCUUUCAGAGUUGGAAAGUAAGAGCCAUGAACGAAUGAGAUUAUACCAAUUUGCAGGAUUUGAUGACUUUGUCCAAUCAAUUAAUAAUGUCCAUUAUUUAUAGAGUUGAUUAUACCAAAUUGCAGGAUUUGAUGACUUUGU